AGAGCGCAGCGCAGCUCCCUCACAAACAUCCCCGGAAAUCAGGCUUCUCUGCUCGGCGUUUCUCGGCUCUUUUUGCCGCCGCUUCUUCAAAUGAAAAUGACUUGUGUUGGCUCAGUGCGUCCAUGUAAAUACGUGUAAAUGAAACCACACUGUGCCCCAGUUUCCCCCCCGAGUCCCCUCCCUCCCCCUCCUCCUCCUCCUGUCUAUGAUCAUGUGAUGGUGAAGAAGUGGCCCAUUAAUGAAGCUCCUCUCCGGGGGUCUUUUCUGCUCCUGUCACCGCCGUCCAGCCCACAGACGGGACAGACCGAGAGAGGGACAUGGAGGAGGCAGCAGCAGCCGCUUAGCGCAGCUCAGCAGCGGUGCAGGAGGAGGACGUACACCGCGCUGCACCUGCCGGGGACCCGCAGCUGGCAGACAGGGUAGAGACGAGGAAGCAGCGGUUUCUAGAACUUUUCCUCAACUUGAAGGCGGAGUUGUGGCUCCAGCAGUGUGCGUACAAGACGGGACCAUGUGUGCCAAAUACCAGGCAAGUUUCUUUUCGUGCGUAACGGUGUUUUGAAGAGUUGGAACUGUUUGGACAAAGUUUGUAAAAAGUGAGGCGAGUCUGUUCUGCUCUCUGAAGACUGAGAGUAAACUUAUCCCGGCCCGGCCCCGUCCGGCCCGGUUCAGCAGAAUAAUGCCUCGCCCGGGGAGGAACACGUACAGCGACCAGAAGCCUCCAUAUUCUUACAUCUCCCUCACGGCCAUGGCCAUCCAGAGCUGCCCGGAGAAGAUGCUCCCCCUCAGUGAGAUUUACAAGUUCAUCAUGGACCGGUUCCCGUACUACCGGGAGAACACGCAGCGGUGGCAGAACUCUCUGCGGCACAACCUCUCUUUUAACGACUGUUUUAUUAAGAUCCCCCGCAGACCGGACCAGCCCGGUAAGGGCAGUUUUUGGGCUCUGCACCCGAGCUGCGGCGACAUGUUUGAGAACGGGAGUUUUCUGCGGCGCAGGAAGCGUUUUAAAGUGGGCGGCAUGCAGGUCACGGACCCGCUGGCACCCAGCAAGCCGCAGGAUGCCGCCCACUACCUGCAGCAGCAGGCCAAGCUGCGUCUCAGCGCGCUGCACGCGGCCGCGCACCUCCCGCAGAUGCCGGGCGGAUACAACCUGAGCUCCGUGUCUCAGCCAUCCAGCUUCAAACACCCGUUUGCCAUCGAGAACAUCAUCGCCAGAGAGUACAAGAUGCCGGGCGGGCUCGCGGCCUUUUCCACCACCGGGUACCCGCUCCACAACCAGCUGACCCCGGCCUGGCCGCACAUGUACGGCUCCGGGAUGAUGGACACCGCGGCUCCCAUCUCCAUGGCCAGCGACUACUCCGCCUACGGCAUGCCCCUCAAGUCCAUCUGUCACGGCGGACAGACUCUGCCCGCCAUCCCGGUGCCCAUCAAACCCACGCCCGCUUCAAUGCCGGGCCUGCCGGGGCUGCCCACACACAUCCCGGCUUUCCUGGCGAACUCUCCCCAGUCUCUGAGCCCCACCUCCCCGCAGACAGCCACCGGUCAAAGCAGCCCGGCCGCGCCCGGAGAGGCGCUGUCCUCCCCGGCCUCUGCGGCGUUGCAGUCCACGGUGGCGGUGCACUGACUGGAAUCAGACUUUGUUCUCUUUUUUUAUAAAGGAAAAAAAAAAACUCUGCGAAAGGGAAAAUGACGAACUUCUUCAACUCCAAAGCAGUGUUUCAUCUCCAGGACACAAAGUGCGCGAAUGUGAGGAUGUGCGUUAAUUAUUAGGAAAUUUCUGUCGGUUUUGUUUCUCUGAAAAGAAAGAAAUUCAUCCAUCAAACGUGAACAUGUUUUCCCCAUCUUGUGAAGAAACAGCAGGUUGACCUCUGGCCUCCUGCAAACAACACAAAUAUCAUUUAGGAAAAACAUUAAUUUGUAUUUCUUGUGAAACAACGUUAUUUCAGAAUUAUGACAGAAACAAAAAUCAUUUAGACAGUUUAAUCUGUUUCUCUCCACAUUCCUUCACAGCAGACUGACUUGGUGUUACCGGUCGGAUCGUGUCGUGACAAAUUAUCCGGAUCUUUUGUGUUUGAAGCCUUUUCUUCUCAAACUGAAAGAAAGAUCUCAGAUUAAUGACUCUUAAAGAUUUGUUUCCACUUCACUUCAGCCUCUCUGCUGUUUCUUUUCUGCUCCCGAAACAAAAGGGAAACUUAAAGGAAAGUUAGUUUUUCAACUUGCAGGAUUUUCCUUCCAAAAGUUUUAACGCAACAGAGCACGAGAGGAAAAUCUUCAUAAAAAUGCAAACAGCAUUUAGUGAACCAAAUAAUUACCCAGCCGUUUUUUCCUUUUUUAUUAUUAUUAUUAGUAUUAUUUUUUGUAAUUGAUAUGAACAAUCGCAGAGAUAAAAAAAUAUUAAAUAAGACUUGAAAUCAUAUAUUUAUGUCAGAGGUUCAGCAUAGUUUAAAAAGAAAACCACUGGAGAUAUCUGACCAUGAAUGCAAGGAUCUACUGUCUCUGAUGCACUUUUUAAAACAUGAAAUCUAAAUGUUUUUUUUUUUCAGUAGCUGACAGCCGUGUUGGUUUAAUUUAAAGUUUUUUUGUUUGUUUUUUUUAAACGCUGUGGUGUUCAAAUGACCCGCUGUCUGUGUAUUUGUACUGCUGCAUGCUCCUGCUGUCUGAAAAAGUAAAAUAAUUCCGUGUUUGUGAGUUUCUUGGGCUGAAAGCAUAAAGCAUGAACAUGAACAACGGGCUUUUUAUUCCCUGCGCUCUGUCUGCUCAUCCAGAUCCAUUAAAAAAACCUUCCUGGGAAUAAAAACACCAAAAAAGUAGUGAAGAGGCCUGUUAUUCACCUGCGCGCGCGCGCACACACACACACACACACACACACACACACACACACACACACACACACACACACACACACACACAAAUUGAGUCAAUUUUAUUCAAUUUACAAAUUGUUAUUUUUUUCUGGAAUAUUUUAGGCCUACAUUUCAGAGAUUUCUUCUAGGGAAAAUGUAACUUUUCACUCCAUUAAUCUUACAGCUGAAAUCACUGGUGACAAAGCAAGUUAAGAUUUCACAUUUAUCAUGGGAUUACAUAAUAUGGCUUUCGUCUGAUAAAAAUAUUGUAUCUUCAAAAUGUCCAGUUUUCAGGAGCUCUGUUUCUGCUUGAAAACUGCUUGUGACUUUUAGAUAUUCUGGCUCACUGUUACUUCAGGUAUCAUGAAACUUUGACCACAUGUCGAGAUGUGCUUCAUGUUUUUCUAAGAAAAUUCAAUUUGACCAAAAUCUGAACUAUGGAUGUACAUUUUCAAUUUGUUCUAAUGAUCUCUAAAAAAUAAACUAACUAAAAAACUUUUUAUAUAAUAAACAUUUAUUUUUACAGUUGGACAGCUGCAAUUUAUCAGCAAUAGUGAUUGAUUACAUUGUGAUAAUUAUAUGUCUAUAUUCGUUUUGUCCAUAUUUCCCACCUGUUGGAGAAAUUUCUCAACAUGUAGAGACAAGUUCUGUUUGUAAAUCCUUCAGCUGAUCUGAGAGCUGGAAAAUCCCCAAACUGAAGGUACGGGAUAUGUACCAGACACUGAUACUGUCAAAUAUUUGACAUUAAAAUUAACAGGCCCCAAAUAAUGAGCCGUAAGAGUUACUGUAAACUGUGACUGAAGCUGCGUGCUGUUUUAAAAUGACUAUAAUGACAUAUUCUGUAUAUUCACAUAUUAACUGUAACAGUGAUGCAGCACAGGAGAAAGACAUUUUCACUUGAACAGAUAUUGUUCAAUUUAAUCUGUAAGUGUCGCACACCUACAGAACACAAAACGUUUGAAAUAAUUAUUCAGUAGUUCAGUAAAACAGUGUCUUCAAAUACUGACAAAACUAAUUUUAAAUGCACGUUCACGUUUGGUGAAAACAAAAUUAAAAAACUCCAAUCUCUUAACGAAUUAGUGUCCUCACUAUGUUACAGAACCACACAGCAGAGACUGUGUGAGGUCUUGAGUUUUCCAGCAGCAGCGGACACUACUGAAACUAAGAUGCAGUGGUGGAAUGUAAAUGCCUAUACUUAUGUGCAAAUUUGAGGUACUUGUACUUUACUUGAGUAUUUCCAUUUUAAGAUUUAAUUCAUUAUAUUUAUGACAGCUUGUUAGUUACUUUUAACUUUUUGAUGAAACAAUGUAUCAGGUUUUAUAAAUUCUUCAUGUGUUUUGCACAUCUCCACCUUGAUUAACUAUAAUCAAAAAAUAGGUACUAAUUACACAUGAAUGCUUCAGUAAUCUAAUAAACACACUCCCAGAGGUCAUUUGUUACCACUAUGAGUACUUUCACUUUUGAUACUUUAAGUAUAUUUUCUGAUCCUACUUUCAUACUUGUACUUAGGUAACAUUUCCAGUGCAGGACCUUUAGUUGCAAUAGAGUAUUUUCACAGUAUGAUAUUAACAUGUACUUGAGUAAAGGAUCUGAGUAUUUCUUCCACCACUGUAAAAAACGCAUCAUUUCAAUAGAUUUAAAGAUGACUUACAACUCUCAACUUAAAAAAAAGCCAACUCAGUUUGUCACCAGUCAGUGCGAGUCUUUAUGUCCAACAUGUCCUGCAGCUUCAACUCAAAAUGUAACUGACAAAACAAAUUAAAGUGUAUGUUCAUAUUUACAAAUGAGUU